CCAGCGAUUGCCAAGCAACCGCACAACCGCUGAGUGGGGUGGGGAGAAGAGGGAAAAAGAGGCAGUAGGAGGGCGCGGAGGAGCGGCCAGCGGGGAGUCCUUAUGGAAAGUCCAGUAGUGUUCAUGGAUAGUAAGGAUGUAGCAUGUUCAGCUUUCUCCUCCGAAGAAGUACGUAUGUCACAUGAGCCUGGUACAUCCUUCAGUAGAGAAGCAGAUAGCCUUGAAGACACCCAAUUAACUGGUGAUGUUUCUGGAGCCACAGCCAGUGUUGUCAUUAAACCAAAAUCCAUACAUCGUGCUAAGACAUGGUCACAUGAAGUUGAGAAUCUAUACAGAUUUCAGCAGGCUGGAUAUAGGGAUGAAAUUGAAUAUAAACAAGUGAAGCAUGUUAAUAUGGUGGAAAGGUGGCCAGAAACUGGCUUUGUGAAGAAGCUUCAGAGAAGGGACAAUACUUUCUAUUAUUAUGACAAGGAAAGGGAAUGUGAAGACAAAGAGGUCCAUAAAGUGAAAGUUUAUGCUUACUAAUUUUUGUUAUACCCCACUGUUUUGUUUUUUCUAAAAGUAAAAUGGUUUGAAAUUAUAUAUUUUUUGUUGUGAAUGAUAUGUAAAGCAUUAAACACAUUUUUUGAAAGUA